AUGUCGCGGCUCUCCCUUUCCCUCCUGGCUGCCACCUCAGCCGCCUCAUACGCACCCAUGAGCUCGCAUCCUCGGCUUUGGUCGGAGGCUCCUCUUGCGGCACCAGCUCCACCCCACCGGCGGUGCCCAUUCCGGACCUCGGUGCCGGCAAGAGCGGCGCCGCUGGCUGCGGUCCGUGACCAGGAGGAGGACGCCACGUCGCUCUCCUCGCGCUCUCGCUUCCUCGCCGCCUCUGCCGCAACGGGCGCCUGCACCGGCGCCGCGGUGUCCGGCUUCAAGCUGAGCAUCGUCGCGUGCGCGGUGGCGCUGUUUGGAGCAGACACGACCGCGGGGUGGACCGGCUGCGGCGCCCGUCGCGGCGCGGCCAUGCUGCUGCUGCCCGCGGUCGGCGGGGUCGCCGUCGCCGUCUUGCGGGCGCUGAGCCCGGGCGGACGGUUCGGCCCCGGCCUUGCGGAGCACGUGGCCGAGGUCGAGUCGGGGGUGCCACUCCGGACGGCCGCCUUUGCGACACGAGCGGCGGCUUCGGCGGUUACCCUCGGCAGCGGCAACUCGCUCGGCCCCGAGGGUCCCUCGGUCGAGAUCGGCUGCGGCGUCGCCCGCCUGGUCGGGUCGGUGGCGGCGAGGCGGGGCUGGAAGGGCGCGGCGCACCUGCAGAGGAGGUCGAGGCAGAUGCUCGCGGUGGGGGCGGCGGCCGGUGUCGCGGCCGGCUUCAACGCGCCCCUCGCCGGCGUCUUUUUCGCGCUCGAGAUUGUGGCGGCGGCGGUGCGGUCUGCGGUGGACGAGGGCGGCGGGGGCGGCGGCGAGGCGGACGCGCUUGGCGUCGGCUCUGCGUCCGAGGUCGGGUCCGUGUCGGAGCUGGAGGCGAGGCGCGACUCUGCAGAGCUGGACGCAAAGUCCCGCACCGCCAUCUCCGGCGUCGUCCUCUCGAGCCUCGUCUCAGCGGUCGUUGCGCAGGAGGUGCUCGGCAGCGGACACGCCCUCCCUCCGGGAGGCUGGCCCGUCCGGCUGCGCUGGACCGCCCUGCCCGUCUACGCGGGGCUCGGCGCGGUCGCGGGGGUGACCGCGCUCGCCUUCAAGCGCACCACCGCCGCGCUCCGCGCCCUCUUCGUGGACGACGGCGCCGGGGGCGGAGGGCCCCUCCGCGCCGUCCCGCCGAUGGCGCGCCCCGCCCUCGGCGGCCUCUGCUGCGGGGCGAUCGGCCUCGCCUUCCCGCAGGUCCUCUUCUCGGGCUACGCCACCCUGGACGCGAUCGUGCAGUCGCUGCCGCUGAGCGCCGCCACGCUCAACGCCGCGCUCGGCUCGCCCCUCGCCGGCGCUGCGGCGGGCGGCGGCCCCGCCCUGCCUGGCGCCGGCCUGCUGGUCGCCAAGCUGGUCGCCACCUCCGGCUGCGUGGCGAGCGGGCUCGUCGGCGGCACCUUCGCCCCCUCCCUCCUCCUCGGCGCCUCCCUCGGAGUUGUGUACCACCAGGCGGCCGCGCGGGCCCUCGCCCUCCUCGCCUCCGCCGUGCCCGCCCUCGCUGGCGCAACCUCCGUGGCAAACGCGCCCACCUUCGCCAUGGUCGGCGGCGCCGCCUUCCUGUCGAGCGUCUUUGGCGCGCCGCUCACGUCGGCGCUCCUCCUCCUCGAAGUCGCGACCUUGGCGCUCCUCCUCUUCGAGCUCACGCGCGGCUACGAGCUCGUGCUGCCGCUGCUCUGCGCCGCGGGGACGGGGCCGGUGGUGAUGGAGGGCGUCGAGCAGCGCCUCGACGCGGCGCGCAGGCGGCGGGCGCGGCGCUCGAGCGGCGAGGCGAGCGGCGAGGCGCCGCCAGCCGCCGCCGCCGCCGAGCAAGGCGCGGCUGCGAACGUGAGCGCCUCGCUCCUGCCCACGGUUCCGCCGGACUGCGACGUGGAUUAUCAGAUCGUCUGCAGAGCAGAGCCCUGA